AUGUCAUUCGCCAUCACCACAGCAGUGCGCCAGCGCCUUGAACGGCUGCUCAAUGCCUCCGAGGAGCUGCAACUCGUCGCCGCAGCGCAGCUCCUGAGCGCCCUGGGAGAAGGUCGUCCCCAUGUGCUGCCCGUUUGGCUGGGCCUUGGGAAGCCGCGUACACAUUCGCACCACAUCAUCUUUGUCUUCACCCGACCGCGCCUCUUCGGCUUGCUCCGGCCCCUGCGGGGCUGCUUUGAGCGCCUCUUCUGCGUCGUUCCGCUGGUCGCCAACGUGCGCGUGGAGGUGCAGGGCAAGAAGUGCGUCUUGUCCUGGAGAAAUCUGCGGCUUCGUCAGGCCGGCGCUGCACCCAGCGCUGGGGACCUCCACGUGGAGGUGCUGGACAACAGCGUCUUGCUUCAGGUUCUGAAGGAGGAGCACAUGAACGCUUGCGUCCAAGGCUUCGUGUUCCACGAGGAGCAGCACGGAAAUCACCGGGAGGUCUGGGCCUACCAGGAUUACCUUCCCAUGGAGCUGGCAAAGCUCACCCCCGCGCAGGUGGAGGUGUGCCUCCCGCAGCAGCAGCGGCGGACGCGAAAGGAGCUCCAGAGUCAGCUGAGUCUAGCCGACGACCGGCGACUGCGGCUGCUCUGCCUCACCUGGAACGUCGGCGCGGGCCAACCACGGCCCAAUGAAUCGCUGGAGGCCGUCCUUGAUGAGGAGCCGUCACCAGACAUCUGCUGUAUCGGCUUCCAAGAGACGUGCCAGCUUUCGGCUCGGAGGCUUCUCGUCGACGGCUCCGAGUGGAGUGCCUGGAGAGACUGGGCCGUUCAAGGAGUGAGGGAGGCCUAUGAGGAGGAGCUGGUGCUCCUGGAGACGGGACACCUCGUGGGACUGUUGAUCUUGGUCUUUGUCCGCAGCAGCUUCCUGGAGCAGGUUUCCGACGUCCGCACUGCGGCACUGGGUGUUGGUGUGGGAGGGUAUGGCGGCAACAAGGGGGCCGUGGCGGUUCGCUUCGAACUGGGACGGUCAUCCUUUUGCUUCGUGAAUGCCCACCUGGCGGCUGGGCAGGAGAACUACAUCGCCCGCUGCCAACAUUAUGGCACCAUCAUGAAGAAGCUGGCCUUCACGGAGGAGGAGGAUGAGAACAUGGUACGCAGCUACUCUGAGGGUGCUUCUCAGGAUGAGCGGGCUGUUCGGAAAGCCGCCGCGGUCUUCCGUGCGAAGAUACGGGGCCGCUCCGCGAAGGACCCGCUGGCUGAGGAUUUGACCAGGUCGACUACCAGCUUCGAGUCUGGCCCGGGCAGCCCGUCCGCGCGGUUGGCGCAGCCGGCCGGGCUGCGGAUCCUGGAUCACGAUCACGUCGUGUGGGUUGGCGACACGAACUCGAGGCUCCAUUGGCCCGGGAAGUUGGGUGGCAUGCCGCUGCUGCAGGCUCGAGAGAACAUCCUCGGCAAGCGCUAUGGCGAGCUCUUGGCGCUAGAUCAGCUGAACCUCAUGCGUCGGGACGGCAUGGCCUUCCACGACUUCGAGGAGCAUCGGAUUUGCUUCCUCCCGUCCUACAAGUGGCACCCAGACCGGGACGCCUACGACAUGCGGACGCAGAAGCAUGUGCCCGCAUGGACGGACCGCAUCCUGUAUCGGUCGAAGAUGAGUCCGGGUCUCUCGGUGAGCCAGUACAACAUGCAUGCCGGGCUCAAGCAGUCGGACCACCGACUGGUCUUCGCUUGCCUCCGGGCGCCCUGCGACGAGCGGCUAACAGGCCAGCGGCGGGAGCGGCCGACGGCCUUUGGCCAGGCCUCCACUCUGGAGCUGCAACCGCCCUCCGUGCUUUUCAAGGAAGCCAAGCCGGACAUCCUUCAGCAUUGCACGAUGCGCAUGUCCUUCCUGUGUGCUGGAGGUCACAGCCGGCAGCGCUUCGAGGUGGUGCUUAAGACUGGCCUGGACGAGUACUGGCCGCUGAUGGGGGGUGCCGGCCCGGCUACCGAGCCCUGGGAUGAUGAUGAGGAGGAGGUGCCGCCGCUGGCGCACUGGCUGCGGGUCUGCCCCGCCAAGGGCGUGCUGCGCUCGUCGCGGCCUACGGAGUUGAGCCUCUCGUUAUGCGUCACCGGGCCGGUGCUGGAGAGGAACGAUCAAGAGGUGACUUUGGUCGUCCGUGUCGGAGAUGGGGACAUGGGAAACUUUCUCGAGCAAAGCCUUGUCGUCCGCGCCCAACUGGAGCCCUCGGUGAUGCGGGCCCCGCUGGAUGCCCUGGCAAAGCUCGGGCGCCGAGCACUACUGGGAGAGGUCCCAGCCUCACCAUCGUCGCAGCCAGACUCCCGUCCGCUGCUUCCGCCCAAAGAGGUGAUGUCCGUAAUGCAGUGGGUCUUGAUCCAGAGUCGCGACAUGAAGCCCGGGACUUUGGAGUGGUGGACAGACCCUCUGUCGGACAACCACGCCAGGAUGGAGAGUGAGCUUCGUGAGCUCCAGCGCUAUGUGGAGCAUGGUUGGUGCUUCCCGCGUGACAACUUCCAACUGCCCUGCCGCAGCGCAGCGCCCUUCAUCCUCCGAUGGCUGGGAGUGCUUCCCGAGCCAAUUGUGCCGCCACACGUCAUAAAGGCCUUGGAGGCCGAGUUAGCCGACGGCCGCUCCAAGCGCGGGCGGCUGCUGCGGGACCUGGAUGAGUUGCCCAGGGCAGUGCUGCUGACCGUCCUGUGCUUCUUCGGGCAGGUCAGCACCCGACACGGCAGCUUCUUUGGCGACUUCCCAGCCCGCCUCGCCUGCGCACUGACGCAGCAGGCGCCAGCUCCAGAUGCUGCCACAUGGCUUGUCCAUGUACUGACAGAGGAGGUGAAGGCGGAACGGCGCUUUCCUCCAUUGCAGACCAUCAGCGCCUACAGCGCCUGCAACGCCCUUGCGAGCUGA